AUGAAGCCCGACGCCCUUCUUCUUCUCGCCGUCGCCGCCACGGCCCUGGCCGCGCCCGCCUCACCCAGGCGCCUGGACAUCAAUGGCGUCACCGAUCGGCUCCUCUUCGUGGCGACUCUCCCGCAGUUCGACAGUCGUCGCGACGCAGAGGACCCCCCUUGCCUGGAUUGGUCGUCAGACGGCUGCACCAGCUCGCCAGACAACCCCUUUGGCUUCCCUUUCCUGCCCGCCUGCCACCGCCACGACUUUGGCUAUCGAAACUACCGCAAUCAGAAGCGCUUCACGGGGGCCGCCAAAGACAAGAUCGACUCCAACUUCAAGUCCGAUCUGUAUUAUCAGUGCAAGAGCACUUCGGCCACGCGUGUUUGCAAUGCACUCGCCGAUGUCUACUACCAGGCCGUGAGGCUAUUUGGCGGCAUGGAUGCCACCAAGCGUGGCCAAAGUGCCUAUGACGCGGCCGUGGCCGAGUACAACGCAGCCGUCAGGGACGCCCAGGCGCAGGGCCUGCUUCCCGUGUUGCACUGA